AUGACGUCGAUACCUCCUGCACCGCCGAUUGCGGUUCAGCUAGACGUAGAGGAGAUCCUGCAAUCACCUCCGACAGCUUCUGCACCGCUGAUCGCAGACAAGAACGUGGCCUCGGGCUCGUAUCGAAGGCCGUCGCUGCCCAGCCCAGUCCACUCGUUCAGGAGCGUCACCGCCACCUCGCCAUUGAGCUCACCUGACGAAGAAGACAGCCAGCAGCUCAUGGGAACAGCAGGGGCAACAGAUCGGAAUGGACGACGCAGAAUGCUCAGGUCCGGCACAAGCGGGUCCAUCACCCCGCUUUCCGCCCAUAGUCCCGAAGCAGAGUUCAGCCGGCAGAACAGCGUAGAUAGCAGGCCCAGUGCAUCUAGCAGCAGCAGCAGCAGCAUUCCCUCGCCAACCGCAUUCACAUCAACACAAGGCCUUGACAAGGCGGACAACACCAUGCACGCUUCCGUCUCACCCAAGACAAGAGUCGACAGCAUUGACGAUGAAGCCCGCCCCACCCUCGCAACGCAACGUACAAAUAGCUCCCACCUUCGACCCACCGACCCUCCUUCAUCAUCGUCCACACGCUCCGACGGCCUGCUCUCCAUCCCCUCGACGCCGGCAGCAACUGACCUCUACCGCACGCCUUCGCAGAUCAGUAUCGCUUCCGACGCCGACGGCUACUUUACCGCACGACCAGGGUCUCCUAUCGAGCCUUACGACUUGCUUCGCGCUCACCCUGAUAAGGCACGUAUCGCGCUACGACGAGACCGGGUCUCUUGGAGCGGACAUUCUUAUUCUACAGCUACAUCUGACUACGCUGCAUCCGACCACAUGGGUGCCACGCUUUCGAUCGGUGACGAGGCGUGCUACAUCGAUGGGCAGCACGAACUUGCACCUAUUGAGGAUCGACAUCGCGAGCAGGGCAAGCCAAUCGAUCAGAAGGAGGACCGCAGCUGCAUCGACUUCCUCUGGGAUCUCCCGCCAGAGUUGGCAUUGUGCAUCCUCUAUAUGCUAGACUCCCACAAGGACCUGCUAGCCAUCUCGCGCGUCAGUCGCAGAUGGAGGGCGUUUGCGACCAACCAGUUCCUAUGGCGCGAUCUGUUCUUCGCCCAACCGGACUGGGCUAUUCGAGAAGAUGCGCCUCUGGUCCUCAAGCAUCAGGUGGAGCUGCAGCGUAUCGCCAACCGCGCCGCACGUAAAGCCAUGAAGGAGGAAGCGGAACGUCUUCGUCGCAUCCAGGAGCAACGCAAGGCCGCGUCGACCUCGAGCCCGUACCUCGACCGACUGGCCGCACUCAAGAGCUGGAAGGACAAUCUGCACAUUCCUUCCUUCCCGCAACUAGCUGGCCUCAGCCUCUCCAGCACUUCGCGCAACGAAGUCGACGUGGACACCGGUCGAUCCAUCACACCAGCCAUGAGUCCUCUUCGCUCGCCCACGGCUGCCACGGGACGGUUCGGUCUGUUCCUCAGCCCAGGGCGCCCCGCUCCGUCGACACCAGCAGGCGCUCGGCGCGCCAUCGAAGCCAGUCUCUCAUCCUCCUACUUUGGCUCGUACGACUCCGGCGGCGUCGACAUGUCACGACACACAAGCGCGGGCUCGCUCCGACCCUCCAGGCGUCCCUCCGCCAUCUCCGAACACUACGCCGAAGUGGCCGAAGCCGAGGAGUUCUUUGCUGAAUCGCUCAACUGGCGCAAGCUCUACAAAGACAGGUGGGUGUUGCAGCAGCGCUGGUUGAGUCCGCAAUACCCCACGAAAGCAGAGACAUCUGAAAGCAGCACCGCCGGCGGAGCUCCCAUGUCUCGCGAGCCGUCGGCGUCGUCGACGAGCGACCUGACCCCGCAGACGCCCGGCAGCGUCGCUCGCCCCGGUCGCGAGAAGAGCUGGUUCGAGCCCACCCGCCGCUGGCUCCGGGGUCACAAAGAUUCGGUCUACUGCAUUCGCCAAGACGACGGGCUCGGCACGGGUACACCGGGAAAGAUCGUCUCUGGUUCCCGCGACUGCACCAUCCGAGUAUGGGAUGCUGAGAUGGGCGAUACCAAGCACAUCCUCACCGGUCACGCGGCGUCGGUGCUCGCAUUGCAGUACGACGACCGGAUUCUCGUCUCCGUUUCUUCGGACGGUCAGGUGUUCAUUUGGGACUUUGCGGCGAUUCUUGCGUCCAUGACGAAUUACACUGCGACCAACGGGACUCAGGUGACGGUGGACAUUGAAUCGGGUGCGUUGGUGCACGAUCGAUACGAACGAGUGCAUUGCGUGCUGAGGGAACACACGUCGGCGGUGCUCGAUGUUGUUUUUGACGAGAGGUGGAUCGUGACCGGAUCGAAGGAUGCGACGGUCCGCGUGUGGCGGCGGGCGGAGAUGCCGAUGCGGGAUGUGGAGACGAACGAUGCGCCGGCGGCUCGCGCCCCGCGGGCGUGUAUGACGUUCGAGCACAUCGGACCGGUCAACGCGGUGGACCUGCAGGGGAACCAGGUGGUCUCGGCGUCGGGGGAAGGGUCGAUGUUUCUGUGGGACCUCGAGACGGGCCAGCGGAAGCACACGUUCAGGGGCCAUACGAAGGGAUUGGCGUGCAUUGUGUUUAAGGGCAACACGCUGAUCAGCGGGUCUAAUGAUCAGACGAUUCGGGUGUGGGAUACGGUCAGCGGGCGGUGCACGCAUGUGUUGGGAGAUCAUCAGUCGUUGGUUCGGACGGUGGCGUUCUGUCCUCAGCGCAGGCUGGUGAUUUCGGGUGGAUACGAUCGAAUGAUCAAGCUGUGGCGUCUUGAUGAUGGAGAGAGCCAGACUGGCUCGUCUCCGCAGGCGGCUUCCGCGGAAGAACAGGAAGAGGAGACGAUCGAUGGAGAGCAGUCACACGACAUACCCGCUCCCGCUUCGCCAGAGCAGGACGGCGAGGACGAGCACAGGCCGGUGACGGGCAAGUGUCUCAGGGACAUUCGAUGUCAUCGAGCCAGGAUCUUCGACGUCGACUUUAACGUCACCCGCAUCGUCUCGGCUAGCGAGGAUCAUAUGAUCUGCGUCACCAACUUUGGCAGUCAGGGGAUCGACACUUCGCUCUUUGCCUAG